AUGGACCAAGCACUCCGUGCAGCCAAGAAAAAGGAGUGGGUGAAAAUGCACAAGAACAGCAGGUACGCUUUCGCCACUACCCAUGGGGAACUCAGAACAGACAAAGGCUUUUCCGACGAAGCCCCAAUGUUUCCCCGAUUUGGACAACCAAAGGCUUUGCUUAAAUGCUCACCUCCCAGGAUUUUAAAAAACUUUUGGAAGAAGCAGUCCCUGACUCUACUCUUCGAUCUCUUUGCCAUGGAGCCGGCGCCUGAGACACGGGGCCUUGAGGGACCGGGAAGCUCUGCCUUCCCCUGCUACUUGUCGCCUGACCUUCGGCCCUCAGAGGAAGGCGCUGGGACCUGGCAUCUACAGCAGCUGGACACCCCACGCGUCUUUGGGGCCCCCUUGGCCACUACCGUGCCCCCCCGCAGCCCUCUCCUUGAGGAGCCCUCCCCGGCUGGCUCCUCGCAUAGGGACAGCCAGGAGUAUCAGCUGAGGAAGGAGCGCAACUCCAUCGCCGUGCGCAAGAGCAGGGACAGGGCCAAACACAUUCGGGAGCUGCAAGAGAAGGUGUUGGAGUACAGGCUGGAGAACGAGCGGCUGCGCGAAUGCGUGAAGCAGCUCACAGAGGAGCUGGCCGUCCUGCGCAGCCACUUGGGAGUUACCGUACAGAUUUGGGAUACUGUCAUUGCUAAGAGAGUACCGCUGACCCAGCAGUACCAAAGCUGGGGACACCGUGCACCAAACCACGAAGCUGCGCCGGACCACCUCACCAACAGUAAAAGUCAACGGAUUCAUCACCUGGGUCCACGCGUUUUAUGUAAGGCACCGGACCUAAGGAUCGGCGUGACGGUGGCCAUCGCCUUGGCCGUCUUCGUGCCCUCUGUCUCCAUUAUCAUCUGCUUCACCCGCUCCUGCUGCUGUCUGUACAAGAUGUGCCGCCGACCGCGCCCGGUUGUUGUCACCACCACAACGCACUCAAAAACCCCUAGAGAUAAGACUAUUUUGCCCAUUUUGCUCUUAGUGUUCUUUUCUAGCAUGGUUAUAGGAAGCUCAAGCCCUCAUACUCCUUAUCAAAUUACUUGGCGACUUAUUAAUUUAAGAAACGGAGUGACUGUUAACAGCUCCUCCAGUUUUAAUGUUCUUAGUGAUUUCUUUCCAGACUUGUAUUUUGAUCUCUGCCAACUUUUUGAUGCUGAAGAUGUAUGUGUGUGGAAGGGAGGAACCUAUGCCUGUCCCGGGGGAAAGAAUGGAAAAUCUAUCCCAGGUUGCGGGGGCCCUGAGGUGGGGUACUGUGGGGCAUGGGGAUGUGAAACCACUGGAAGUGCAUACUGGAAACCCUCCUCUUCAUGGGACAUGAUUACUAUCGGAGCGGCUCCAGGCAUAACGUUUACCGAAUGCGGGGGCAGGGAUUGUAGUAAUUGCCUGGAUGGGACGAUGGGUAGGUGCCACCUCCAGGUCCUUCGCUUCACUGAUAAGGGCAAACAGGACAAAUGGGUGGGGCCUAAAUCAUGGGGCAUCUACUUGUAUAGACCGGCUAAAGAUCCCUUUGCCCUAUUCGCCUUGAGCCGGACGAUUACUGUCGCGUCCGUAUCGGUUGGACCAAAUAAGAUAUUAACAAAACAUAAGAGCCCAACCUCCCGACAGUUUAAAAAGGGAAAACCCCACGGGCAAGUACUUGUCAGGAAUCAGCCCAGUCAGAUGUCCGCUAACAAUCAGUCUAGAUUGGUUUCCCCGACACCCGCAUUUCCAAAUAAGCACGUAGUAACCGCGCCCCCUUUUCCCUCUUUACCCAAAACGGAGAAUAGGCUCCUCAGCUUAAUACAUGGGGCCUACCAAGCACUAAAUAAUUCUGAUCCCGAUAGGACCCAGGAUUGCUGGAUGUGCCUUGCCUCACCUCCCCCUUAUUAUGAGGGAGUGGCUGUCAUUGGAAAUUGGACCAACCAUACUACCGUCCCUCCCCAGUGCUCUAAUCUGCCAUCUCACCGGCUAACUCUUACCGAAGUAUCAGGACGGGGGCUUUGUGUAGGCUCCGUUCCCCCUCAAUAUCAGGGCCUCUGUAACAAAACCAUGACCCUCAAACCGGGCACCUAUUAUUUAACAGGGCCAGAUGGGGUAUAUUGGGCAUGCAAUACUGGCCUAACCCCCUGCCUGGCAGGACAAGCUCAUAAUCAAACACAUGAAUGGUGCAUCAUGGUUGAAGUAUGGCCUCGAGUUACGAUACAUAACUCUGAGGAAGUCUACCGACACUAUGAGGGAAAUCUCCGGCUCCCUAGGGAACCCGUAUCCAUAACACUAGCCCUCAUAUUGGGAGGACUCACAGUCGGAGGCAUCGGAGCAGGCAUAGGUACCGGAGCCACUGCCCUUUCAAAGGCAAAUCAUUAUCAUCAGUUACAGCAAGCCAUGCAUUUAGACUUACAAGCUCUGGAAGAAUCGGUCAGUGCAUUAGAAAAAUCCUUAACCUCACUCUCGGAGGUAGUAUUACAAAACAGACGAGGGCUAGAUUUAUUAUUUCUAAAGGAAGGAGGACUUUGUGCAGCCUUAAAGGAAGAAUGUUGUUUCUAUGCGGAUCACACUGGGGUGGUCAGAGAUAGCAUGGCAAAACUCAGAGAAAGAUUAAAACAACGGCAGAGCCAAUUUGAGGCAGGGCAAUCAUGGUUUCAGAGCUGGUUUAAUUCAUCCCCUUGGCUUACGACUUUAAUCUCCUCUAUUGCAGGACCCUUAGUAAUAUUACUCUUAAUUUUAACCAUCGGACCCUGCAUACUAAAUAGGCUUGUUCAGUUUGUUAACGAUAGAUUGUCUGUCACCCAUGCCUUAAUUCUAACACAACAACAUCAAAGUUUAAAAUCACAAGACAUAGAAAAUAGAUUUUAAAAUACAGCUAUUCCUAAAUUUUAAGAUUAA